CUGUGUCUCAUGAGUUUUUGCUUUUCUUUUUCCCUGGUAUAAAAAAGACAGUGAAAAAUAAUGGCAGUUGUUUGUUGAUUGAUUGGAGCAGAGAGAGAGAGAGAGAGAGAGAGAGCAGAGGGAGUGGUAAAGCAACAGUGAUAGCAGAGCCACCACGCAGUAGUAGGAGUGGAGGACGAUACCAUUUCCACGAGAUUCAGCGGCCCUUCAUUUCCAUUUGCAGAAACACUCGAACACCCAUCCAUUUUUGCUAUACCUCUGAAGCCAGGCCAUAUUUGGGGUAAACAUAUCUGGAACAGUGAUCAGUUUAAUAUGAAGUAGCUUCAGUUUGCUAUAAAAAAUACUUGUGCUGCCUGUUUGAGUGUAACUAUGUUCUGGGUUGAUUCUGUAUUGGGAUCUGGUCCAUUCUGGUUCUCAAACUGAAGCCAGGUUUGGGACAUUGAGGCUGAGAUCUGGUCUCUUGUGGAUAUUUAGCUAUUCUGAUUUGUGGGUUUUCUUGGUUUUGUGCCAUAAUUAUUCGGUUAACUGAGAUUGCGUUUGAUUGGGGAACCGGACAACUCGCGAGCUGCAAGCCCAAGCUUUUGUAUAAGAGGUCGAGCGAGAUGAUUUGGGGCUUGGAGCUGAAAUGUUGAGGUUCAUUUGCUGAAGAUUGUUGCGUGAAGUUGUCGAUUCGAAGUUGGAAUCUUUGGGGUUCUGGGCCUGGACUGUGAGGAGCGGAUGAGGCUCAAGUCGAUUGUGCUUUGUAGUGGAACCGGUUUCGGUUGAAGAUCCAGGAGUAGGUGUAGUCUGGGUUUGGCUUCCGUUUCUUUGCAUGAAGGCUCAGACUCUAUAAUUAACUUUGUCCUAUUUAAUGGGUUUUGGCUGUUAAAGGGUAGGGAAAGGUAAAUAUAAGGUCUUAUGCAGUGAAGGGGAAACAGGUGAAGGGAUUAUUCAGCGCUCUCGGGGUUUUUUCUAGGGAUAAUUUGGUGCUUAGUGGUUUUUUGUUAAGAGUGGGUUUGGAUAAGUAGUCGUGAGCUUAAGUUUGAGGUUUAAAGUACUUCUGGAACAUCUGCAAAAAUGAGGCUCUCUUUAGCUGGUUUUAGUCCUCAAACCCAGGAAGGGGAGAAGAGAGUUCUAAAUUCUGAACUUUGGCAUGCUUGUGCGGGUCCUCUUGUUUUGCUACCGGCUGUCGGAAGUCGUGUUGUUUAUUUCCCCCAGGGUCAUAGUGAGCAGGUUGCUGCAUCAACCAACAAGGAAGUUGACACCCAAAUUCCUAAUUACCCAAGUUUACUUCCACAACUUAUUUGCCAACUUCACAAUGUGACGAUGCAUGCAGAUAUUGAUACAGAUGAAGUAUACGCUCAGAUGACUUUGCAACCACUGAAUCCGCAAGAGCAAAAGGAUGCGUUCCUUCCAGCAGAGUUGGCCACCCACAGCAAGCAGCCUACAAAUUAUUUUUGUAAAACUUUGACAGCCAGUGACACAAGCACUCAUGGAGGCUUCUCUGUUCCUCGUCGAGCAGCUGAAAAAGUGUUCCCUCCACUGGACUUCUCCCUGCAGCCUCCGGCUCAAGAGUUGAUCGCAAGGGAUCUUCAUGACAAUGAAUGGAAAUUUAGACAUAUAUUUCGUGGCCAACCCAAAAGGCACCUACUUACGACAGGAUGGAGUGUAUUUGUAAGUGCUAAAAGACUGGUUGCUGGCGAUUCCGUGCUUUUUAUCUGGAAUGAAAAGAAUCAAUUACUCCUUGGUAUCCGGCGAGCUAAUCGACCGCAAACUGUUAUGCCUUCAUCAGUUCUAUCCAGCGAUAGCAUGCACUUGGGACUUCUUGCUGCUGCUGCUCAUGCAGCUGCAACAAACAGCCGUUUCACCAUAUUCUAUAACCCAAGGGCUAGCCCUUCAGAAUUUGUUAUCCCGCUGGCCAAAUACGUUAAAGCAGUCUAUCAUACUCGUGUCUCUGUUGGCAUGCGCUUUAGGAUGCUGUUUGAAACAGAAGAAUCAAGUGUCCGUCGGUACAUGGGUACGAUAACCGGCAUAAGUGACUUAGAUCCCGUCCGGUGGCCAAAUUCACAUUGGCGCUCUGUCAAGGUUGGAUGGGAUGAAUCCACAGCAGGGGAGAGACAGCCAAGGGUGUCCCUAUGGGAGAUUGAACCAUUGACAACAUUCCCAAUGUAUCCAUCAUCUCCAUUUCCACUCAGACUUAAGCGGCCUUGGCAACCAGGACUUCCAUCUUUCCAUGGCAUGAAGGAUGAUGACCUGGGAAUUAAUUCACCUCUUAUGUGGUUACGAGGAGAUCGUGGAAUCCAACCAUUGAACUUUCAGGGAAUUGGGGUAAGUCCAUGGAUGCAACCAAGGCUUGAGGCUUCCAUGCUUGGCUUGAAUACUGAUAUGUACCAAGCUAUGGCUGCUGCUGCACUUCAAGAGAUAAGAACUGUAGAUCCUUCUAAACCACCACAUUCAUCUCUUCUGCAAUUCCAGCAACUGCAGAAUCUCCAGAGUAGGUCUACUGCUUUGAUGCAGCCUCAGAUGGUGCAGCAGCCUCAACCUCAGCAGGCAUUUCAGCAAGUUCGAGAAAACCAGCAUCAAUCUCACUCUCAGGAUCAAACUCAAUCACAGCUUCUCCAGCAACAGUUGCAGCAUCAGCACUUGUUCAAUAGUCAGCAGCAGCAACCGAAACUUGUUGGCCACCAACAGAUUUCAAGUACUGUUUCUACAAUGCCUCAGUUUACUUCAUCCUCUCAAUCUCAGCCACCAUCCUUGCAAGCAAUUUCUUCACUAUGCCAACAGCAGAGUUUUUCUGAUUCAAAUGGGAACCCUGUGACCAGCGCAGUUGUUUCUCCUCUACACAGUCUUUUGGGUUCAUUUCAGCAGGAUGAAUCAUCCCACCUGCUCAACCUUUCAAGACCUAACCCCUUGAUGCCUUCUGCUGCUUGGCCAUCAAAGCGAGCUGCAGUUGAUCCUCUUCUUUCUUCUGCAGCUUCUCAUUAUGCUUUGCCUCAAGUGGAGAAGUUGGGCCUGCCCCAGAAUAAUAUGUCUCCUAAUUCUAUUUCAUUGCCACCUUUUCCUGGUAGGGAAUGCUCGAUAGACCAAGGAGGCACUGAUCCUCAGAGCCAUCUUCUAUUUGGCGUUAACAUAGAGCCGUCAUCUCUUCUAAUGCAAAAUGGGGUGUCAGGUCUUAGGGGAGUUGCCAGUGAUAGCAACUCCACAACCAUAUCCUUCCCUUCCUCCAAUUAUAUGAGUACUGCAGGCACCGAUUUCACACUUAAUCCAGCACUGGCACCUAACAGUUGCAUUGAUGAAUCUGGUUUCCUGCAGUCUCCAGAAAAUGUGGGCCAACUAAAUCCACCAGCAAGAACCUUUGUUAAGGUUUACAAGUCAGGGUCCUUUGGGAGGUCACUGGAUAUCACCAAAUUUAGUAGCUACCAUGAGUUGCGUGGUGAGCUAGCUCGUAUGUUUGGCCUUGAAGGUGAUUUGGAGGACCCUCUGAGAUCAGGCUGGCAGCUUGUAUUUGUUGACCGGGAGAAUGAUGUUCUUCUCCUCGGUGAUGACCCCUGGCCGGAAUUUGUAAACAGCGUGUGGUGUAUCAAAAUCCUGUCACCCCAAGAAGUGCUCCAAGUGGGCAAGCAUCGCCUGGAGCUUCUGAACUCAGUACCAAUUCAGAGGCUGUCCAGUAGCAGCUGUGACGACUAUGCAAACCAGCAGGACUCAAGAAAUUUGAGCAGUGGGAUAACAUGUGUGGGGUCUCCGAGUACCGAAUUAUUCAACCGGUGAAAAAACCAUUAUCUGCUUCUGUAGUAUUAUUAGCAUCUCUACCAACCUUAUGAGGUCUGGCAGGGGUGCUUGAUCUUCGCAUGUAUAAGCAAUUACUGUAAUUAGAUUAUAUAUUUUCAUGUUUUAUUCUAAGCUUUUGAAAUACAUACUAUACAUAUAUAUUAGGAGAUUAACGUUGUUUUUAUUAUCUUGCAA